AUAGGAUCACUGGUGUGCCCCACCAUGUCAGCCACGGCGUUGGACACAAGCUCUGAGAUCGCUACCAAAGACUUGAAGGAGAAGAAGGCAGUUGUGGAGGAGGCAGAGAAUGGAAAAGAUGCACCUGUGAAUGGGAAUGCUAAUGAGGAAAAUGGGGAGCAGGAGGCUGACAAUGAGGUAGAUGAAGAAGAGGAAGUAGGAGGAGAGGAGGAGGAGGAAGAAGAGGAAGGUGAUCGUGAGGAAGAGGAUGGAGAUGAAGAUGAUGAGGCUGAGGCAGCUAAAGGCAAACGGGCAGCUGAAGAUGAUGAGGAUGACAAUGUUGACACCAAGAAGCAGAAGACUGAUGAGGAUGACCAGACAGCAAAAAAAGGAAAAGCUAAACUUAAAGGCCUCUGUGACCUAUUCACCCUCCACUUCCCAUCUCAGAAUCUAAAUGUGGUCACCUUUGAGUAGAGAUUCCCAACCACCCACCCACCGUGGGCAGCACCACCUAUAGGUGACAGACACUCUCUCAAAACCAAAACAUGAAUUUGCAACAGGGGAGGAAAAAAGAACAAAAACUCCAAGGCCAUCCUUUUUUUCUUAAAAGUACUUUAAAAAGGAAAAUUUGUUUGUAUUUUUUAUUUACAUCUUAUAUUUUUGUACAUAUUGCUAGGAGUCAGCCAUUUCAAAUGAUAUUGGGAUGACCAAACCAGCCUUUGGAGCAUUCUCUGUCCUACUUAUGACUUUACUUGUGGUGUGACCAUGUAUGUUCAUUAUAAUCUCAAAGGAGAAAAAAAAAAAAAACCUUGUUAAAAAAAA